AAUAUUUCUAAUCAUGAUGUAUAUGACAGGUCUAUUGGAAAAAAAUAAGAUACAAUUUUGUGGGUUUUAAAUGAAGCUCCAAAUUCACUGAUGGUUUCUUUUCUUUCCUUUUUUAGAGAUUUAAGCAACAACCAACUUCGUUUUGUGGAUAGUGCACUUUUCCUCAGUACCCCAUCUUUACAACAACUAAUAAUCAACCACAACCAUUUGACGGAACUUCCGGACUUCGGCGAUAGCCCUUCUCUCACCACUCUGAGCUUGCAACACAAUGAAAUCCACAGCUUGAACUGUUCAAUUCUGAAAGGUUUGCCCAAACUUCAAAACCUGGAUCUAAGCUUCAACAGUCUUGUCGACUUGCCUGCUAACACGUUUGGAAAUUCCUCAUCAUUACUUCAUUUGUCUUUGAGCCACAAUAGACUGGUUAGUUUGGAAAAAGGCGUCUUCGAUAAUCUCACCGCUCUCGAAUCUUUGAAGCUGAGUAAGAAUCGUCUGGAUUCGAUUCCGAAGGAACUGUUUCGACGCCUGGGCAACUUACAACAUCUAGAGCUGAAUUCGAAUAAUUUUACGCAAAUCGAAGGGCUCAGUUUCCAAGGUCUCUCUUCCCUGGUUUUACUGAAGAUACGUCACGCUGGCAUUCGUGACUUGUUGGACGGCAGCUUCUACGGUCUUUCUUCCAUACGUAAAUUGCAAUUGGAUUAUAACAACAUAAGAAAAAUUACCAAAGGCUGGCUGUAUGGAUUAAACUCUUUACAAAGAUUGUACGUAAACCACAACAAUAUUUCUGAAAUCGAAGAUGAUGCUUGGGAUUCAGGAAAGAGAUUAUUAGAAUUGGAUUUAUCUGAAAAUAAUCUGAAUGCCGUCACUACCAAAACUUUUGACAGGCUGUAUACUUUAAAGAGACUCAUCCUGAGCAACAAUGCAAUAUCUUAUAUAGAGGAUGGUGCUUUUAAAUCACUUUCUGCUCUGCAAUAUUUAGAACUUAAAUCCAACAAGGUGUCUUGGACUAUUGAGGACACGUCCAGGGCAUUUUCUGGGCUCACCAGGCUGAAGUACCUUGGACUUGCCGACAACGGGAUUCGAUCCUUGGUGAAGACAUCGCUCUCCGGUUUGAAUCGACUCGAAGUUUUGGACCUCACCCACAACGAAUUGACCACCUUCGAAGAGGACGCUUUCAAUGAGCUCUUGGCUUUGCAGGAAUUGUCUUUAAACAGCAGUAGUCUUCUGUGCGAUUGUCAUCUUGCUUGGAUCUCUCACGAUUUCCCGUUCAAAGUGCUGGCUAAAUGUGGUUAUCCGAACCGUCUGAAGGGUUACUCUGUUUUCCAAGUCCCUACUUCUGAUAUGCUUUGUGAGGGUUCACCGAAGCCAGUGAUCACCAAGGAGCCUCACACAAAAAUAACUUUGAAGGGGGAGAAUGUGACAUUAGAAUGUGAAGCACGAAGUCCUUCCAGCGCAAAUAUCCUGUGGCGAAAAGACGGCAAGUUGCUCGAAAACAUCACGCAUCGUAUCCACAGCAAAAGUCAUCGCCUGGGUAACGUAACCGUGCUGCUGAGUCACUUCAUACUGCCUGCCAUCCAAGAUGAGGACGAAGGGAAAUAUCAGUGCGUCGUUUCCAACCGAUUCGGCUCGGUUUAUUCCGGGAAAGCCCGCAUAACCGUUCAUGUGUUUCCCGUCUUCACCAAGACCCCCCGCGACCUUUCCGUCCGUUCGGGGGGCACGGCCAGGCUGGAGUGUGGGGCCAGGGGGCAGCCGCCCCCUCAGAUCGAGUGGAGGAAGGACGGGGGAGGGGACGAUUUUCCCGCCGCCAGGGAGCGCCGCAUGCACGUCAUGCCGACUGACGACGUCUUCUUCAUCACCGGAGUCAGACACCAGGACGCCGGGACUUACAGCUGCAAGGCCUUCAAUGUUGCCGGAACCAUCUACGCCAAUGCCACGCUCACAGUGCUAGAGACGCCUUCGUUCGUGAAGCGCAUGGAAGACAAAGAGGUGAGAGGGGGAGAGACCGCAGUCUUGGAAUGCCUGGCAGCGGGCAGUCCUAGACCCCAUCUCAGUUGGAGCAAGGAUGGCGGAGAACUGCAUCGCACCGAGCGACAUUUCUUCACCGCUCAGGACCAGCUGCUCAUCAUCGUCCAAUCACAGCCCCAGGAUGCCGGAACCUACACCUGCGAAAUGUCCAACACGCUCGGGACGGAGAAAGGGACCAGCAGGCUCAAAGUCAUCCCGGUCCAUCCCGUGGACUUCCGAGCCUCCGUGUCGGAGCCCACCCACACCACCACGGGCGUGAUCGUCAUUGCGGUGGUCAUCUGCAUCGUGGGGACUUCCGUGGUGUGGGUGGUCAUCAUCUACCACACCCGCAAGAGGACGGUGGCGGGCGGCGGUGGUGAAUACCCGGGCGGGAGGACUCCUCCCCCCCUCCGGGGACAUGUCCCCGGACCCUCCCGGGCGGGUCCGGACAGUCAUCGCAAGCCUUCCGGGAGGAGCCUGGCGGUGGAUUCGCAUUCUGAUCAUUCUAAAAGUAGUGGCCAGCAAAGCAGUGAUGAACUUCUGGUAGAAGAUUAUCACGAACUUCUUUUAGAAAAGAAUCAUUCACAGUCCAAGUUUGGGAGCUUAAUUUCGUCCGGCAGCUUGCCAAUGCAGUCCGCCCUGGAGCAUUCCAGGGAGCAGACCCCCCUCCUGCAGCCCCACUGUACGCACGCCUCCGUACACACCUGCCGAAGGUCGAGGGGUCGCGAAGAGUCGCGGUCCCGGUCCGCGGAACAGCUGGAAAAGAGCGUCGCGAUUCCCGCGGAUGUCCGGAGGACGGACAGCGACGGCAUGGACUCUGGGUUCUCCACUUUUCCCAGGAGCGUGACGCUGGCCAGCGUGGGACAGUGGAGCAACGAGUCUCCCAGGUUCAGGAGGCUGCCCAAAGAUGUUCCCAACGACAGCGGAAGCUUCUCCAUAGUCGGUUACGACACCCAAGAGGCGUCUAAGCAGUGUCGCUGCAUAAAACUUCCCGUGUCUUCGACGCGUAGCUGUUCUGCAAUUUCUGGAAUCAUGAAGACUUGAAUUUUAUUUUUAAUUUUUCAUUCAUUUUGUUUUGA